CUUCCGCGGAGUUUGUGCCCAGGCUUCCCGGCCGGGCUCUGGCCGCCUCACGCGCACAAAUGGGGCUAGGGGACUGACUGGUUCGGCCUGGCGAAGGACAGCUAGCCUGGGAGGAAAAACAGCCAACUGUCCAACUCGGGUCGCCCCCACUAUUCUUUCGUUCCUAGAGUCCGACCGCCGCCGCCGCCAGGAGAGAGGAGAAGGAGGGGGAGUGGCCACAACACAUCCUAUUUGGUGGCGAGUGGCUGUCAUGAUCUCUACAGCACCGCUCUACAGCGGCGUGCACGACUGGACCAGUUCUGACCGGAUUCGCAUGUGCGGCAUCAACGAAGAGAGAAGAGCGCCUCUUUCUGAUGAGGAGUCCACGACAGGUGACUGCCAGCACUUUGGGUCUCAGGAGUUUUGUGUCGGCAGCAGUUUUUCCAAGGUGGAGCUCACAGCAGUUGGAAGUGGCAGCAAUGCCCGGGGGGCAGACCCAGAUGGCAGUGCGACAGAGAAACUUGGGCACAAGUCAGAAGACCAGCCUGAUGAUCCCCAGCCAAAAAUGGACUAUGCCGGGAAUGCAGCAGAAGCUGAGGGCCUCCUGGUGCCACUGAGCAGCCCAGGGGACGGACUCAAGCUGCCCACGCCUGACGGCGCCGAGGCCAGUGACAGCAGGGCUGAGUGUUCCUGGACUCCCCUCAGCACCCAAAUGAGCAAACAGGUUGACUGCUCACCACCUGGGGUAAAGGCUUUGGACUCUCGGCACAGCGUUGGGGACAAGAACACUUUCAUUUUGGCUACUCUGGGAACGGGAGUCCCUGUGGAGGGGACCCUGCCUCUGGUUACCACUAACUUCAGUCCCCUGCCAGCCCCCAUCUGUCCCCCUGCUCCCGGUUCAGUCUCUGUCCCCCCGUCUGUUCCUGAUCCAUUCCAGGUUCCCCUUUCUGUCCCUGCCCCUGUACCCCAUUCCGGGCUGGUUCCAGUCCAAGUUGCCACUUCAGUUGCAGCCCCUUCCCCUCCCCUAGCACCAGUCCCAGCUCUGGCUUCGGCCCCUCCUUCAGUUCCCACCCUCAUCUCAGAUUCAAACCCCCUGUCGGUCUCAGCCUCAGUCUUGGUGCCUGUGCCAGCAUCCGCUCCCCCAUCGGGCCCAGUUCCUCUGUCAGCUCCUGCUCCUACCCCUCUGUCUGUCCCAGUUUCAGCACCUCCGCUGGCUCUGAUCCAGGCCCCUGUGCCUCCUUCAGCUCCCACCUUGGUCCUUGCCCCUGUCCCUACUCCGGUUCUGGCACCCAUGCCGGCAUCCACACCGCCAGCCGCUCCUGCCCCUCCAUCGGUGCCAAUGCCCACCCCAACUCCCUCCUCUGGCCCACCAUCUACGCCCACCCUUAUUCCUGCCUUUGCCCCUACACCAGUGCCUGCCCCAACCCCUGCCCCCAUCUUUACUCCGGCCCCCACACCCAUGCCGGCUGCCACACCAACUGCUGUUCCCACCUCGGCACCCAUCCCGGCCUCCUUCAGUUUGAGUCGAGUGUGUUUUCCAGCAGCUCAGGCACCAGCUAUGCAAAAAGUCCCCUUGUCCUUUCAACCAGGGACAGUGCUGACCCCGAGCCAGCCACUGGUAUAUAUCCCACCUCCGAGCUGUGGGCAGCCGCUCAGUGUGGCCACACUGCCAACAACCUUGGGGGUCUCCUCUACUCUUACACUUCCUGUCCUGCCAUCCUACCUGCAGGACAGGUGUCUCCCAGGUGUGCUUGCGACCCCAGAGCUCCGGUCUUACCCAUAUGCAUUUUCUGUGGCCCGGCCUCUGACUUCCGAUUCCAAGCUGGUAUCUUUGGAGGUGAACAGGCUCCCCUGUACUUCCCCGUCCAGCAGCAGCACCACCCAGCCAGCUCCUGAUGGGGUCCCCAGGCCUUUGGCAGAUACCUCCCUCACCACUGCUUCUGCCAAGGUGCUCUCAACUCCACAGCCUUUGCUGCCAGCCCCCAGCGGGAGCUCUGCUCCAACACACCCAACCAAGAUGCCAGGUGGAGGUGAGCAGCAAACAGAAGGGGCUUCCAUUACCUUCUCUCCCCUCAAGUCACCUCCCCAGCUGGAACGAGAGAUGGCUUCUCCACCCGAGUGCAGUGAGAUGCCCCUUGACCUCUCUUCCAAGUCCAAUCGGCAGAAGCUUCCAUUGCCGAACCAGCGCAAGACGCCUCCUAUGCCCGUGUUGACUCCCGUGCACACCAGCAGCAAGGCCCUGCUCUCCACCGUCCUAUCCAGGUCUCAGCGCACAGCCCAGGCUGCUGGCAGCAGCGUCACCUCCUGCCUGGGUUCUACUUCUUCACCUUUUGUCAUCUUCCCCGAGAUUGUGAGGAAUGGGGACCCAAGCACCUGGGUGAAGAACUCGACUGCGCUGAUCAGCACCAUUCCCGGCACCUAUGUGGGAGUGGCUAACCCAGUGCCUGCAUCCCUGCUGCUGAACAAGGACCCCAAUCUGGGCCUCAGCCGAGAUCCCCGCCACCUCCCAAAGCAGGAGCCCAUCUCCAUCAUUGAUCAAGGAGAGCCUAAGAGCACUGGUGCCACGUGUGGCAAGAAGGGCAGCCAGUCUGGUGCUGAGGGACAGCCAAGCACAGCGAAAACGCGUUAUGCCCCAACCCGCAUUGCGCCUGGGCUGCCGGGGUGCCAAAGCAAGGAGCUCUCUCUCUGGAAACCUACAGGGCCAGCAAAUAUUUAUCCACGGUGUUCAGUCAAUGGGAAACCCACCAGCACCCAGGUCCUGCCUGUUGGCUGGUCACCGUACCACCAGGCAUCUCUGCUUUCCAUUGGCAUUUCCAGUGCCGGGCAGCUGACCCCCAGUCAGGGGGUGCCCAUCAGGCCCACCAGUGUAGUUUCUGAGUUUUCUGGUGUGCCAUCUCUUGGCUCCAGUGAAGCUGUGCAUGGACUUCCUGAAGGGCAGCCACGGUCCGGGGGCCCCUUUACUUCUGAGCAGGACACGGUCACAAAGAACAAAACUUGCCGGAUUGCUGCCAAGCCUUACGAAGAACAAGUUAACCCUGUCCUCCUGACUCUCAGCCCUCAGACAGGGACUCUGGCGCUGUCUGUUCAGCCUAGCAGUGGGGACAUAAGAGUGAAUCAGGGCUCUGAGGAAUCAGAGAGCCUCCUCUGCUCUGAUAGCACUCCUAAAAUGGAAGGGUCCCAGGCUGCUUGUGGCCUAAAGCUGGCAGGAGACACAAAGCCUAAAAACCAAGUGCUAGCCACCUACAUGUCCCACGAGUUGGUCCUGGCCACCCCCCAGAACCUGUGCAAGAUGCCUGAGCUGCCUUUGCUACCUCAUGACAGCCACCCCCAAGAACUCAUCUUGGAUGUGGUUCCGAGCAGCAAGAGGGGCUCCAGCACAGAGCUUUCACAGCUUGGAAGCCAGGUGGACCUGGGGCGGGUGAAAAUGGAGAAGGUAGAUGGUGAUGUGGUCUUCAAUUUAGCCACCUGCUUCCGGGCCGAUGGACUCUCAGUAGCUCCUCAGAGGGGCCAAGCCGAAGCCCGGGCUAAGACUGUGCAGGCUCGAGUAAAACGGGAAAGCGUUGGGGGCUUUGCUUGCAAGAGCAAGUGGCAGUCGGAUGAAGUGCCAGAAUCUCCGCCACCCAAGAAGAUGAAGUGUGGCAAAGAGAAGGAAGGAGAGGAACUACAGCAGCAGCAGCAGCAGCCACAAGCCAAGCCCCUAGUCCGCAGUUCCUUGGGAUCCAAGUGCCGGAAGCCACCUGUUGACCCCCAGGAACCAACCAAGAAAAGCCCCAGGGGGACCUCAGAUUCAGGAAAAGAGCACAAUGGAGUCAGGGGAAAGCACAAGCACCGGAAGCCAACUAAGCCAGAGUCCCAAUCUCCAGGAAAACGAGCUGAUGGCCAUGAGGAAGGUUCCUUGGAAAAGAAAGCAAAGAGCAGUUUCCGUGACUUCAUCCCAGUGGUUCUGAGCACCCGGACACGCAGUCAGUCUGGAAGCAUCUGUAGCUCCUUUGCUGGUAUGGCAGACAGUGACAUGGGAAGCCAGGAAGUCUUCCCCACAGAGGAAGAGGAGGAGGUGACCCCCACCCCAGCUAAGCGUCGAAAGGUGAGAAAGACCCAACGAGACACUCAGUAUCGCAGCCAUCAUGCCCAAGACAAGACGUUGCUGAGCCAGGGCCGCAGGCAUCUGUGGCGAGCCCGAGAGAUGCCUUGGAGGACAGAGGCUGCCCGGCAAAUGUGGGAUACCAAUGAAGAGGAGGAAGAAGAUGAGGAGGAGGGCCUGGUGAAGAGGAAGAAACGGAGGCGGCAGAAGAGCCGAAAAUAUCAAACUGGGGAGUACCUGACGGAGCAAGAAGAACAGCGGCGGAGAGGGAGAGCAGAUUUAAAGGCCCGUAAACAGAAGACUUCCUCCCAAAGUUCAGAGCACCGCCUCAGGAACAGGAACCUUCUGUUGCCCAGCAAAGCCCAGGGGAUUUCGGAUUCACCAAAUGGUUUCCUCCCAAAUAAUCUGGAGGAGCCAGCCUGCCUUGAAAAUCCUGAAAAGCCAUCAGGAAAACGAAAGUGCAAGACCAAGCACAUGGCAAACGUCACAGAAGAGGCAAAGGGCAAAGGUCGCUGGAGCCAGCAGAAGACACGGUCCCCCAAAUCUCCCACCCCUGCAAAGCCCACAGAACCAUGUACACCCUCUAAGUCCCGAAGUGCCGGCCCAGAAGAGGCCUCAGAGUCACCUACAGCCCGGCAGAUCCCCCCUGAAGCUCGGCGGCUCAUAGUGAACAAAAAUGCUGGUGAGACCCUCUUGCAGCGAGCAGCACGCCUGGGCUAUAAGGACGUUGUUCUGUACUGCCUCCAGAAGGAUAGCGAGGAUGUGAAUCACCGUGAUAAUGCUGGCUAUACGGCCCUGCAUGAGGCCUGUUCCCGGGGCUGGACUGAUAUCCUGAACAUCCUCCUGGAGCAUGGGGCCAACGUGAACUGCAGCGCCCAGGAUGGCACGAGGCCAGUCCAUGAUGCAGUGGUCAAUGACAACCUGGAAACCAUCUGGCUCUUGCUGUCCUAUGGGGCUGAUCCCACAUUAGCCACCUACUCGGGUCAGACGGCCAUGAAGCUGGCAAGCAGUGACACCAUGAAGCGCUUUCUCAGUGAUCACCUCUCGGAUCUUCAGGGCCGGGCAGAAGGUGACCCAGGUGUAUCCUGGGACUUCUACAGCAGUUCUGUGUUGGAGCAAAAAGACGGCUUUGCCUGUGACCUCCUGCACAAUCCCCCUGGGAGUGCUGAUCAAGAAGGAGAUGAUGUGGAAGAGGAUGAUUUCAUGUUUGAGCUCUCAGACAAGCCUCUUCUUCCUUGCUACAACCUCCAGGUGUCAGUGUCGCGCGGGCCCUGCAACUGGUUCCUCUUCACCGAUGUCCUCAAGCGGCUGAAGCUCUCUUCAAGGAUCUUUCAGGCCCGGUUUCCGCACUUUGAAAUCACCACCCUGCCCAAGGCCGAGUUCUACCGGCAGGUGGCCUCCAGUCAGCUGCUGACCCCUGCUGAGAGGCCUGGUGGCGUGGAGGACAGAUCUCCCCCAGGCUCCUCUGAGACUGUGGAGCUGGUUGCUUAUGAGCCUGAGCUCCUUCGGCUCCUAGGGUCUGAGGUGGAAUUCCAGUCUUGGAACAGUUGACCAGGAAAACAGCCCUUCCCUGUUCUUUCUCCUCUCGAGUUCACCCUUCCCCCACCUCCCAUGUUCCCCACCGAGCACCAGACUGCAGAAUGAGGCAAUAAUAUGGACCAACAAGAAGCCGCCUUAUCAAUGCCAGCAUUAGUGACUGGAUUUUUUUGUUGUUGUUUUUUGGUUACAGUUAAUUCUCAUCGCCCUGUCAUCAUUGUUUGUUGUGGUUGGUGAUGGGGGUGGAAAGUUGAACUCCACGUCUGAAGACAAGAGGUCCCGGGGAGGGGGGUGUCAGAGGUGGCACCAGGGUCCCUUGGACUGUCAUCUUUGCAUAUGACCAAGACCAGACAUGGGCCUGCGUGGCUGUAUCGUGUUCAAGGAGAAAUGAGAAAAUCCCAAACCUGAGUGCCCCCUCAUACCCGUGUUCUUCUGUCUUCCAUAGUAUUUAUUUUAUUAGUAUUUAAUUUGUAUUGUUUCAUUGGUUUCUGAUAAGUCUGUAUCACUGUGACGAUUUGAGACAACUUGUUGUAUUGAGGGACUUUCUUUACCUCCUUUCUUUUUCUUUCUUGACAAGCUUUGGGGCUGCUCCCUUCCUCUGACAAAAUUCUUCCCAGGUUGCUUUCUCCCUGGGGAGGGGCAGAGGUGAGCAGGGUGAAGAACAUUUGACGAAUGAUGCUGGCUCAGAGCUGGGGUCUGGGUGUAAAUCCUGAGGCUUUGGUGCUCCCCUUCCCCUGUCAGUUUCUCUCCUCCCUGUCCUUCACAGCAGCCCCGCCAUCUUGAGAUUGGUGUUAACUAGGGAGAGGAGAAUUGGGUGAGGGGUGUAUGAGUUACUCUGCUAAAGGAGAGUUGAGAACGGGCCUGAGGGCUGAGGGUGCCCCCUCACACCUUCUCCACUGCUCCCUAAAAGGUGCACAAUGCGGGGUUAUUCUUUCAUCUUUCACCUGCCCCCAUAUCCAUCGACCCUGUCCUUGGCCUCCCCUCUUCAGAUACUGAGCCUCUCACCUCCUAGCCCUCAACUCCCAUCUUGAGCCCUUUCCAGCAAGUACUGCUCCCCUCCCCGCUGUUCUCUGUGGGACUCUCUGGAGGGCCCUGGGCCUGACAGCCAGAUGUGACAUCAGGCAUCCAUACUUUCCUAGGCGAAGGUGGGAGACCAGUCUCCAGCCUGGCCUCUGCUCCUGCUUGAGGACUGGCCACAGGCUGAGGGUGUGGCUACACCGGCCUCCUCCAAGCCUGUAGUGCUGGUUGGCAGAGAAAGGAGGGGAGAAAGCAAGGAACUUGGGGUGCUUCCUUGUCCCCGCUCCCUCUAUAGCGUGUCUUUCCCUCUCUCUUAUUUUUCUACCAAUCGCUAUUUUUCCGAACAAUCCUUGUAGAGUCUGUACCAUCCGAAGGCAGGAGCGCCUCACUGUGGCUGGCUCUGGUGGAGAUGGUACAGUUUUAUUGUACAGGUGCUAAACAACAACAAAAGAAGAAAAUGGAAAAAAAAAGCCAGUUUGAGGAUGGGACAAUCUGUUCUCUGGAGGCUCCUGACCCAUUUGGGAGCAUUGGUGGUUAAUUUUCUUUGUAUUGUGUUUGUUCUUUGUUCCCUGGGGGAAUUUCUGGGCCCCCUUCUGUAGGACUGCUCCCCAGCCCCUCAUCCUGCCCAGUUGGUUUUGAAGUUGUUCUCCCUUUUUUUAAAAAAAACUAAAUAUAUAUAUAUAUAUAUG